GAAGUGAUCACACACCUUGUAGCUGUAGCUUCACAAAGAGAAAUGGACUACUUGGUUUUGAUCUUGUGUUUGUACCUCCUCUGGGGCUUGUUCCAAGCUUUCUCUUCCGUCACCGGGGGUGGCCGAAAAGAUCGGCCCUCCAACCUCCCCCCCGGUCCACGGCCUCUUCCAAUAGUCGGCAACCUCCUCCAGCUCGGAGAUCUUCCCCACAAGUCCCUCGCCAAGCUCGCUAGCGCUUACGGCCCCAUCAUCAAGCUGGAACUCGGCUUUGUGACUACGGUGGUCAUCUCUUCGCCGGCGCUCGCCAAAGAAAUCCUCCAAGCCCGCGAUGCUGUCUUCUCGCAUCGUAUGGUUCCCGAUUCCGCCAUGGCCCAUGACCAUGACAAACUAAGUGUGGGUUGGGUACCGGUAUCUCCCCUUUUCCGAUACCUCCGAAAAAUAUACAACUUGCAUAUCCUCUCCAGCAAGAAACUCGAUUUGAACCAACACCUUCGCAGCAAGAAAGUGCAAGAGCUGAUCACCUUUGUUAGGAAAUGCGCGUGCGCCGGCGAGGCAGUGAAUAUCAGUGAGGCAGCUUUCAGGACCAGCCUCAACGCGAUAUCGAACACGAUUUUCUCUUUGGACGUGAUGGAACCUUCGAAUCCUGCCGGAGAGCUGAAGGAAGUGAUGGGGCAAAUCAUGGUUGAGAUUGGAAAGCCUAACCUGGCAGAUUACUUUCCCGUGCUCAAGAAGAUCGGCCUGCAUGGCCAGAAGCGUCGCGUCGCGGCGAAUUUCAAGAAGGUGUUCGACAUCUUUGACGACCUGAUCGAGAGAAGGCUGCAGCUAAGGAAGGAGACUGGUUCGAUUGAGCGUAACGAUGUUUUGGAUAAUCUUCUUGAUCUAGUUGAAGACAAAAAUGAGACCCUGGACAUGUCCUUAGUCAAGCAUCUACUUCUGGAUGUAUUCAUCGCUGGCAGCGAAACCACUGCGAGCACUCUGGAGUGGGCGAUGACCGAACUGCUUUGCAACCCGGAAAAGCUGUUAAGAGCCCAAGCUGAGCUCCAUCUAGUCAUUGGCAAAGGCAAGCAGAUUGAAGAAGCCGAUAUUUCUCGCUUACCCUAUUUACAAGCUAUCGUGAAAGAGAAUUUCCGACUUCACCCAGUAGCUCCUCUCCUUGUUCCUCGGAAAUCCGGAGAAGAUUUCAUCACAGGCGGUUUCACAAUUCCAAAGGGUGCACAAGUCCUCAUCAAUGUAUGGGCGAUGGGUCGAGAUCCUAGCAUUUGGGACGAUCCAGGCAAGUUCAUGCCCGAUAGGUUUCUUGGAUCCGAUAUCGAUGUUAGGGGACAAAACUUCGAGCUCCUGCCUUUCGGUGGCGGCAAGCGGAUUUGUCCGGGAUUGCCAUUGGCCAUGAGAAUGCUGCCUUUGAUGCUCGGCUCGCUCAUUAAUGUCUUCGAUUGGAAGCUCGAACAAGGCGUUACCCCUGAGAAUUUGAACAUGGAAGACAAGUUCGGAAUAGCCAUCCAACGGGCUGAACCUCUGAAUGCUGUGCCCAUUCCUAUAUGAAAGAAGAAAAAGAAAUGCAUGCUGGGGUU